AUGGCCGCUCAAGGCGAGCCCGGCUACCUGGCGGCGCAGUCGGACCCGGGCUCCAACAGCGAGCGCAGCACCGACUCGCCCAUGCCCGGCUCUGAGGACGACCUGGUCGCCGGAGCGCCCCUGCACAGCCCCGAGUGGAGCGAGGAGCGCUUCCGCGUGGACAGGAAGAAACUUGAGGCCAUGUUACAAGCUGCUGCUGAAGGAAAAGGCAAAAGUGGGGAAGACUUUUUUCAGAAGAUCAUGGAGGAAACAAAUACGCAGAUUGCUUGGCCAUCAAAACUGAAGAUUGGCGCCAAAUCCAAGAAAGACCCUCAUAUUAAGGUUUCUGGAAAGAAAGAAGAUGUUAAGGAAGCCAAGGAAAUGAUCAUGUCCGUCUUAGACACAAAAAGCAAUCGGGUCACCUUGAAGAUGGAUGUUUCACAUACAGAACAUUCUCAUGUAAUCGGCAAAGGUGGCAACAAUAUUAAGAAGGUGAUGGAAGAAACAGGAUGCCACAUCCACUUUCCAGAUUCCAACAGGAAUAAUCAAGCAGAAAAAAGCAACCAGGUAUCUAUAGCAGGACAACCGGCAGGAGUAGAAUCGGCCCGAGUUAGAAUUCGGGAGCUGCUUCCUUUGGUGCUGAUGUUUGAGCUGCCGAUUGCUGGAAUUCUUCAACCAGUGCCCGAUCCUAAUUCCCCCUCCAUUCAGCACAUAUCACAGACGUACAACAUUUCAGUGUCAUUUAAACAGCGGUCCCGAAUGUAUGGUGCUACUGUGAUAGUACGAGGGUCUCAGAAUAACACAAGUGCCGUGAAGGAAGGAACUGCCAUGCUAUUGGAACAUCUCGCCGGGAGCUUGGCGUCAGCUAUCCCUGUGAGCACGCAACUAGAUAUCGCAGCUCAGCAUCAUCUCUUUAUGAUGGGUCGGAAUGGAAGCAACAUCAAACAUAUCAUGCAGAGAACGGGUGCUCAGAUCCACUUUCCCGAUCCCAGUAAUCCACAAAAGAAAUCCACCGUCUACCUCCAGGGCACCAUUGAGUCUGUCUGUCUUGCAAGGCAAUAUCUCAUGGGUUGUCUUCCUCUUGUGCUAAUGUUUGAUAUGAAGGAAGAAAUUGAAGUUGAUCCACAGUUCAUUGCUCAGUUGAUGGAACAGCUCGACGUCUUCAUCAGUAUUAAACCAAAGCCAAAACAGCCAAGCAAGUCUGUGAUUGUGAAAAGUGUUGAGCGAAAUGCGUUAAAUAUGUAUGAAGCAAGGAAAUGUCUCCUCGGACUUGAAAGCAGUGGGGUUACCAUAGCAACCAGUCCAUCCCCAGCAUCAUGCCCUGCCGGCCUGGCAUGUCCCAGCCUGGAUAUCUUAGCUUCCGCAGGCCUCGGACUCACUGGACUAGGUCUUUUGGGACCCACUGCCUUAUCUCUGAAUACUUCGACAACCCCGAACUCACUUUUGAAUGCUCUUAAUAGCUCAGUCAGUCCUUUGCAAAGUCCAAGUUCUGGUACCCCUAGCCCCACAUUGUGGGCACCUCCACUUGCUAGUAAUUCAAGUGCCACAGGUUUUUCUGCUAUACCACACCUUAUGAUUCCAUCUACUGCCCAAGCCACAUUAACCAAUAUUUUGUUGUCUGGAGUGCCCACCUACGGGCACACAGCUCCAUCUCCCCCUCCUGGCUUGACUCCUGUUGAUGUCCAUAUCAACAGUAUGCAGACAGAAAGCAAAAAAAUCUCUGCUUCAUUAAAUGGACACACACAGUCUCCGAAUAUAAAAUAUGGUGCAAUAUCCACUUCAUCACUUGGAGAAAAAGUGCUGAGUGCGAAUCAUGGUGAUCCAUCCAGACAAACAACUGCAUCUGAGCAGGCAUCUCCCAAAUCAAACCCUGCAGAAGGUUGUAAUGAUGCUUUUGUUGAAGUAGGCAUGCCCCGAAGUCCUUCCCAUUCUGGAAAUGCUGGUGACUUGAAACAGAUGAUGGGUCCCUCCAAAGUUUCCUGUGCCAAGAGGCAGACAGUAGAACUAUUGCAGGGCACAAAAAACUCACACUUACACAGCACUGACAGGUUGCUCUCAGAGCCUGAGCUGAGUACUGCAGAAAGCCCUUUGGCUGACAAGAAGGCUCCAGGGAGUGAGCGUGCUGCAGAGAGGGCUGCCGCUGCCCAGCAGAACAAUGAAAGGGCCCGCCUUGCCCCACGGCCAUCAUAUGUCAACAUGCAGGCAUUUGACUAUGAACAAAAAAAGCUAUUAGCAACCAAAGCUAUGUUAAAGAAACCAGUGGUGACGGAGGUCAGAACACCCACAAAUACCUGGAGUGGCCUUGGGUUUUCUAAAUCCAUGCCCGCUGAAACUAUCAAGGAGCUGAGAAGGGCCAACCAUGUGUCCUAUAAGCCCACAAUGACAACCACUUUUGAGGGUUCAUCAAUGUCCCUCUCGAGGUCCAACAGUCGUGAACACCUGGGAAGUGGAAGCGAAUCCGAUAACUGGAGAGACCGAAAUGGAAUAGGACCCGCAAGUCAUAGUGAAUUUGCAGCUUCUAUUGGCAGCCCCAAGCGUAAACAGAACAAAUCAACGGAGCACUAUCUCAGCAGUAGCAAUUACAUGGACUGCAUUUCCUCGCUGACAGGAAGCAAUGGCUGUAACCUGAACAGCUCUUUCAAAGGCUCUGACCUCCCUGAGCUCUUCAGCAAACUGGGCCUGGGCAAAUACACAGACGUCUUCCAGCAACAAGAGAUCGAUCUUCAGACAUUCCUCACUCUCACAGAUCAGGAUCUGAAGGAGCUGGGAAUUACAACUUUCGGUGCCAGGAGGAAAAUGCUGCUUGCAAUCUCAGAGCUAAAUAAAAACCGAAGAAAGCUUUUUGAACCGCCAAAUACACGCACCUCUUUCCUGGAAGGCGGAGCAAGUGGGAGGCUACCCCGUCAGUAUCACUCAGACAUUGCUAGUGUCAGUGGCCGCUGGUAGCGGUACCGUCCAGGCACGCGCCCGCCAACUCUGUCAAGUCGGACGCAGGAGAUCUGUGAACAGCCUUCACUGCACACCAUCCUCAGCACUCGGGUGUCUGGUAUCAGGACCAAAGCAUCUUAUUCGCACCUGAACUUUGUGCCGAAGAGAGAGAUGAUGAUGUUCUUAUGUCAUCAUACAGAA